AUGAACAAGAGGCUUGCCAGCCUGGCCAUAUCGUCCAUCAAGCUGGAAGCAUCGCAACAUCUCUUUGUGAGAGAGGUGAGGCUUUUUCUGCAUAGCAGUGGAUUUGCCCGAGCAAGUAUUCCACCUCGAAAAAUCAUCGAACAAUUGAGGCAUCCAGUAAAAUCCCCACGUUGGCAUAUUGAGUCCCUCCAGAGGAGAAAUUUCUUCCAAGUAUUUUUGAAAGAAACGAUGAGUAACGCAAAGAGCGAGAACCCAAAAUACGGACAUGCGCAGAUGGAAGGGAAAAACGCAUUGGAGAAGGGAGGAACUCACCCUAAUCAAAGUAACAACCACGAAUGUAAAUCCCAGGGAGAGUGCAAUUAUGAUUACGACUAUGUGGUUAUCGGGGGAGGCCCCGGUGGAAUGGCAUCCGCGAAGGAGGCAGCGUCACAUGGAGCAAAGGUACUCCUUUUCGAUUAUGUUAAGCCAAGUAACAAAGGAACCAAGUGGGGAAUAGGAGGCACCUGUGUGAAUGUCGGUUGUGUGCCAAAGAAAUUAAUGCAUUACGCAGGAAAUAUGGGUAGCCUUUUCAAGAUGGAUUCUAAUCCAUACGGUUGGUCUUAUAACAAUUUAAUUCAUAACUGGGGGAAGCUAGUUACCACGGUUCAGUCACAUAUACGUUCUCUAAAUUUUAGCUACAUGACUGGACUUAGAUCCUCUAAGGUGAAGUACAUGAACGGAUUAGCCAGUCUGAAGGAUGAACAUACGGUGUCGUAUUACCUAAAGGGAGACAUGUCUAAGGAAGAGUUGGUUACGGCCAAGUACAUUCUCAUCGCUACCGGGUGUAGACCAAGUAUCCCAGACGAUGUGGAAGGAGCAAAAGAACUUAGCAUUACAUCAGACGAUAUUUUUUCUAUGAAGAAGGAUCCAGGAAAAACUCUAAUUGUUGGAGCUUCUUACGUUGCUUUAGAGUGUGCAGGAUUUUUGAACUCAUUAGGAUAUGAUGUCACCGUUGCAGUGAGGUCCAUUGUAUUGCGAGGGUUUGAUUCUCAGUGUGCACUCAAGGUAAAGAUUUACAUGGAGGAACAGGGGGUUCUCUUCAAACAUGGGGUUCUUCCAAAGAAGUUAUCGAAAAUGGAGGGAGAAAAAAUAUCUGUUCUCUUCAAUGAUGGAACCACUGAGCUAUUUGAUACCGUUCUCUACGCAACAGGAAGGAAAGGAGACAUCGACAUGCUCAAUCUGGAUCAGGUCAAAAUACAAGUUAAUAAAAAUACAAACAAAAUUAUUACCAAUGAGGUUAGCUGCACAAAUAUUUCGAAUAUCUUUGCCGUGGGGGAUGUGGCAGUUGAUGUUCCUGAGUUAGCACCUGUAGCUAUCAAAGCGGGGGAGAUUUUAGCCAGGAGGUUAUUUAACCAAUCGGAAGAAAUUAUGGACUACACAUUCAUACCGACAUCUAUUUAUACACCCAUCGAGUAUGGAACUUGUGGAUAUUCAGAAGAAAAGGCGUACGAAAUUUUUGGCACAUCCAAUGUAGAAGUGUUCCUUCAAGAGUUUAACAAUUUAGAAAUAUCUGCUGUGCAUAGGGAGAAGCAUGUUCGAGCACAGAAGGAUCAGUAUGAUACAGAUGUGAGUAGCACCUGCUUGUCCAAACUCGUUUGUUUAAAAAAUGAAGACAAUCGGGUGGUUGGUUUUCAUUAUGUGGGUCCUAAUGCCGGAGAAAUUACUCAGGGUAUGGCUCUCGCCUUAAGACUGAAGGCUAAAAAGAGCGAUUUCGAUAAAUGCAUCGGCAUUCACCCCACCGAUGCUGAGUCUUUCAUGAACCUCACGAUCACGCGAUCGUCGGGACUGUCCUUUGCUGCCAAGGGGGGCUGCGGCGGGGGCAAGUGUGGCUAA